UGUCGGUGCUGGAGUUGAGUAUAAAAGACACCCCCUGAAAAUAAGACUUGGUGCCUCUUUUGGAGGCAAAAAAAAAAAAAAAAGAAAGACCCGGCUUUAUUUUCGGGAAAACAUGGGUAUAUAUAAAUUCAGGUCUUUGGAAUGAUAAAGGUAGCCACAAUAAUUAUUUAUAUAGGAUUUUGGACAGUAUAGUUGUUUUCAGUGUUCAUCUGCAAGGUCAAGGAAACUCCUAUACAAACAGUCUUCAACUUAUGACCAUUCAUUUAAUGACAAUUCAAAGUUAUGGCUUUGGAAAAAGCGAUUUAUGACCUGUCCUUGAAGUUGCGAGCAUUGUACUGCCCCCAUAGUCAUGUGAUUGCAAUUCAGGAACUUAUCAACUGACGUGCAUUUACAAUGGUUGCAAUGCCUUGUGGUCACAUGACUGCAAUUUGCAACCUUCACAGCUGAAUCCCAACAGAGUUAACUGGGGAAGCCGGAUUUGCUCAACAGCCAUGUGAUUCAUUUAAUGACUGUCUGAUUUGCUUAAUGACCAAUUGAAGAGAAUUUAUGUAGCUCAGGAGUGAACUGUGGAGACCUUGGUGCUCUAUGAGCUUGGUUGUUUUCUUGCAGACAUUUCACUACCUAACUAGGUAACAUCUUCAGUGAUAGAAGGGAGUGAGGUUUGCUUUCUGUUUAUAUAUCUUGUCCACAUAGUCAAUGUCUGCAAGAAAACAACCAAGCUCAGGGAGCAUCAAGGACUCCACAACUUAAAAACCAUGGUAAAAAUGAUUGUAAAAUUGGAUUUAGUCAUGUGAUGGCUCACUUAGCCACAGUAACUUCUGACAGAAAUUCUGGUCCCAACUGUGGUUGUAAGUUGAGGAUUGCCUGUAUGCUUGAUUGUCUCUUCUCUCACUCCAUGCUGUUUACAAAAUGUGUUUCAUGGAGCUGGUGUUGACCAAUAAAGCUGUAAAUCUUAUGCUGUGCCAGAAGCACUUCCAUUCAAGAAAUGCUUCAGGCAUAGCACUAAUUGUAAGUUUCCUAAAGUCAAGAAUGUAAGAUGAGUGGCUAAUUUAAAUUAAAUUAAAUUUAAUUAAAAUAGUGCAUCGUGCAUAAUAAAAUUCUGUAUUCUGCAGGACUUAAUAAAGCCUAGAAUAAUUUAAAAAGCAGAAAUUCAAGUAGGUUUUGUUGACUCUGAAUAGAGCAGAUCCUAGAAACCAAUUUCUUCUGAGCUGGAAGGGAUUGACUUGAUUGUUUAAAAAAUGUCAUCUUUUCUUUUUGGUGCUAAAUGAAGAGUAAUCCCUACUUUGUUAUUAAUUGAAACAGCUCUUUAUUUUUCAGAAACAUGUGUUUGACUUUUAUUUUUUGAACUUGAAAACUGUAUAGUAUCAUGUUUUCAGUCUUAUUUGCUUUCCCCCCACUUUUUCCCUUCUCCACAUUUUACCAGUAUUCUAUUAAGACACAGCAUUUCUUUGAUCCUCUUCAGUUGUAUAACCUGCCCUAGGAUCUUGUAUUAGUUAUGUAAUAUUUUAGGACUGUUACACUUGACCAUUACUUUAUUUCCUCCUUUUUGCUGCUUUUGUACAUUAUAGAAAACUUGAUGGAGUGUUGUAAGCAAAGGAUCCUUGGCCCCAUCAGAGUAUUUCUCUUUAGCAGAAUCUCUGAGGUCUUGAAGGAAGAACUGAGCUCUUGUAAAUAAAUAAUAAAGCUAUGUCAACAGCUGCACUUGAAGGAGCCUAAUAAAAUAUUGGAGACUUAAAUGUGGUUGGUGUCUGAAUAUUUGCAUUUCUGUGUGCUCUUAACAAAAGAUUGGAGUAGAUGCCCAAUGUGCCCAAAUGCACUUCCUCACAGUAUUAGUAACAGCAAGACCAUAGAAAACCCCCACAACUGGCCAGCAUAAAAAAUGAUGAAGACUUUUUUUAAAAAAAAAAAGAAAAGAAUGGGAAACCUUAUAUGAACUUUUUUGUUGGAAGCAGAAAAUAUUGAAUUGAUGAUUUAGAGGUUUAGGGAUUGAGGAGGAAGGGAAAAAAUUAAGAUGGAAUUGCUCAAGGAAAGGAAGGGUGGAACUCAUAAUUCUAUGUUUUUUUUCUCUGUUUUCUUUCUGUCUUUUUUCUUUUAUUUUUUUUUCACUUUAUUAUUCACUUUUUUCACUUUAUUGUAUUGGAAAUUUUAAAUAAAAAAUAUGGAGGGAAAAAAAAGAAAAAAAAAACACGUCUAAGAUCCACACAGUAACUCUUCAGUACGCACAUGCUGGUUUUGCACACAAGGGCAGGAUAAACAGAGGCCUAGUUUUCUUUCCUCAGCCUGCAGCUGAAUUGGUCUCUAAGCAGCAGAACUUGCCUCUGAGUCUUUUCCUGUUUAGUGUCAGUUGAGAAGAGGUGGGAAGGAGGAAGGACCCUUCUGCAUCCUGGAGGAAAAGGAUGGAGGGCAUCCACCCAGGUAAGAAGGGGAUGGAUACAAAGAUGGAGACCAUCAGAGGAAAGAAUCCAGAUCCUUCAGAGGGGAGGCAACAUAUCUAGCAGAAGCAACCCCAUUUUUUAGAACAGGAGUAGAACCCCACUUUGAACAAGAUUCCUGGAAUUUUGCAUCAAAAAUGGAAGAGAUACUGUCACUUGUGAAACAAAUGCAAAACGUGGGAAAUCUAGAGCCAAAAAUAGAAGAUCUAGUAAAAAGAAUUAAUAAAUUGCAGCAAGCUAAGAAGAUAUUAAAUGAAGAGAUCUCUGAGGCAAAUGAACACAGUAAGACACUUCAGAUGGAACUGGAAAAGUUGAAUGCUGAGAAGUCAAGCCUUGAAGAAAUAUGGAAUGAGAAAAAGGAGAUCAAAAAAGUCAUGCAGAUGCAUUCAAAGGAGACAGAAGCUGAAAUGCAGAGGGAGCAGAAAUUGAACCUGGACUGUAAGCAACAAAUUGAAGGAAUCACAGCCAAGAUUAAGAUGGAAAAAUUGAAGCAGAGGGAACAGAGAAUGGCAUUUGAGCAGUUACUUGAUGAGUUGAUGGAGAAGCACAAGAAUCUCUGGGAACUUUAUGCCAGAGAGAAACCAGUGGCUGACAUGAAAGAGAGUAAGGAGCAGUUACUACGUGAAGAAAAACUAAUCCAAGAGAAACUGGCUCAUGUUCAAGAUGAACUGGAUUUGCUGAGCCAGGUUGCCUUUAGUGAAGAGAGGAAGUUUCUGAAAAGCCAGGCAGCUGCGUCUGCAUUGGAAUUAUUUCAAGAGGAAAACAAAAAAGCAAAAGAUUAUCUUGAAGCAGCUUCAAAGUACAAUUCUGAUUUGCAAGAGAAAUGCAACAAGCUAAGAAUAGAGCUGGAAGUCUUUGGAAUGGAGGAUGGCAGCAUUAAUGAAGAUUAGUUUGUUGUCCACCAUACUGCUGCACAGGAAGAAAUGUUUGUGUGUACAGGAGGAACUUUGCUUUAGCACUGAGAGAAAUCAUCUCCGUGAAAUAUUGGAUGUCUUGCUUCACUCUUAAAUUUGUGGCAAACCAUUUGCUGUUAAUAAAUUUCCGUUACCUCUGCUGUCAUGAAAA